AGCUCAGCCACAAUAGAAAGCAUUGAAGCCUUGAGGCAGGGUGCACGCGGUCGGUCGGUCGGUCAGCUCCGUGUUUUUCCUGCUCACUGAUCUUUGAUCCUGAUCAGGCUGCUGAUCGAUCACUCAGAGCUGAUCACAGGAAGCUGUGUGCACUGUAAACUAAUCAGAGGAGAAGCCGGAGCUACUUAAAGGAUCUCAGCAGAGUGUCAUGGAUCAGAGCAGAUGAGAUCCUCCUCGGCUCUGACUGACAUGCUUCACUGCAGCAACACUUUUAUCUUUAACUGAGGACAAGCUACAGACUCAGACAUGUUUGACUCCAGAUGUUUCAUCCCGUGCUGCCUCUUACUGCUGAUCUCUCAGUGUCUCAGUAUAAACGUGUCGGAUCGGGACGGACAGACGUUUCUAACGGAUAUUUUACGGUAUUUCGGUGAGAAUGACUCAAUCAGUACAGAACACCUGAGCGACUUACUGCAGCUGAUAUCAGAGAGGAGAUCCGAGGCUGUGACUGAAGGAAACCCUCUGUCAGACCAGGAGUGUCCCUCAGCCGACCAGAUCUUGUCCCACUUUGGGUUCAGUAAUGUCAGCCAGCUGACUGUGGAACAUCUGGAUAGGAUCUGUCCCGCCGUGUUGACCCAGGUGCUGCUGCCCUCCUGCCCCUACACCGCCCCCAAAGCUCUGCAGCCUGCCGACUCCAGCGUGUGGGGUUACGGGUUUCUGGCGGUCACUGUGAUCAACCUGGCCGCUCUGCUCGGCCUCUUCCUCAUCCCCUUCACCAAGAAGCCUUACUUCCCCAAAGUGCUGACCUACUUCAUCGGCCUCGCCAUCGGGACGCUCUUCUCCAACGCUGUGCUCCAGCUCAUCCCAGAGGCUCUGGGUUUCGAUCCUAAAUCCGAUAACUACGUGGCCAAUGCAGUUGGAAUAUUUGGAGGGUUUUACAUGCUGUUCUUCGUGGAGAAGAUCCUGAGAUUGUCUCUGGGGUUAGAGCAUCAGCACGGCCACAGCCACUUCACUCCUGCAGAGCCGCCUCAGGAAAACUCCCUGCACAACGGAAACGUUCUGGAGAAGAAGGACUCCAUCGUUCUGACCAGCAUCAAUGUCAUCGCCACAGACAGGAGCAGCCCGAGCCCAGAACCAGUCACAGAUUCUCAGGAAGUCAAGAUGUGCCGCUGGCUGCGUGGACAGCGCAUCUCCAGCAUCAAGACAGUGGCAUGGAUGAUCACACUGAGCGACGCCGUGCACAACUUCAUCGACGGCCUGGCUAUCGGCGCCUCGUUCACUGUGUCAGUGCUGACGGGGUUCAGUACGUCCACUGCCAUCGUGUGUGAGGAGUUUCCCCAUGAGCUGGGUGACUUUGUCAUCCUGCUGAACGCUGGUAUGAGCAUCCCUCAGGCCAUUUUCUUCAACCUGCUGUCAGCGGUGUCGUGUUACAUCGGCCUCGUGUUUGGCAUCCUGCUCGGGAGCAACUUUGCCCCCAACGCAAUCUUUGCGAUCGCAGGAGGAAUGUUCCUGUACAUUGCACUGGCAGACAUGUUUCCAGAGAUGGACAACAUAUUACGGGAACAGGAGAAGACUUCCACCAAGGUCGUCUUCUUCCUGAUCCAGAACGCCGGGCUGCUCACGGGGUUCACCAUCAUCCUGCUCAUCACCUUGUUCGCAGGAGACAUCAAACUGGGCUGACGGAGGAACUGGAGUUUAAAUAAUAUGAGCUGCUUCUCUUUCUGCUCACUGGGCUGGGCGGGAAAAUGAAUGUAAUGUGAAUGUUUUGUACAAACAAAACCAAAAUGAUGCUUUAUAUCCUCUGACUAUCACGUUAGUUUACUCCAUAAGAAGGGAAAAUCUUUACAAUCAUUUAAUGUAUGAACUCUUAGUCAAAUUGUGUUUUGAGGAGACAAUAAAUUAUUUUUUCAGUCUUAAUAUGAAGUGAUAUCUCACAGUUAUUGUUCCUCACUGGUGCUGCAGUGUCAGCUAACACCAGCUGUGUUUAUGUGACAACAUGUGACGGCAGCAGGGUUUGACCUCUGAGUUCUGUGACCUCUGUGACCUUCGCUCAUUAUUUGAGUUUGUCUUUCUGAUUUUGUCACUUUGAAUAUAGUUUGUAUUUUGCUGUCGAUCAAAUUUUAAACACUGAUUGUGCCACAGGACAACAAAAAUCAACACAACAUCAAAUGACAUUUGCAAUUUAAAGUGUUUGCUCUCAGCCACGUUGCCGUACAUUGUUUGUAUUAGUCAUUGUUUUAGUUUCUCAUGGUUUUAUUAAAUUGGCAAAUAAUAAACAAGAGACGCCACAAAUACCGAAGACAAAUCAAAGAAACUUAUCACCAAUGCAAAUGGACUGAUGUUCAGUAAUGUACUUUAUUUUAUAAAUUCUGUUCAAUUCUCUUAAAAUUAUAUUCUCUUUGUAAACACUUUUUUUUUAAAAAAUGUAUUUUGUAAAUACAACAAAUUUUACCUUAUAAAACCAGCUGGUAAAUUUCACAAGUUUAUAU